CCCACCACAAUUUAUAGUUUUGUCCGAUUAAUUAUCUCAACUCCCUCCAUCCUUCUUCUUCUCCACCGCGCACUUCCCUGUCGUUCUUAACGAGCAGUUCGCCGGACGCUGCUCGCCGGUCGCCGCCAUGUUCAUGCUCACGAGGAGACCCAAACACCACCACCUCCACCACCACCAACCUCUCCAUCGCAAGCUCCUCGUCUUGCUAAUCGCCUUCACCCUCGCGUUCCUCUUCUACCUCUCCUUCUUCUCCGACUCCAAGCCCGUCCGCCCAUCGCUCCACUCCGAUUCGCCGUCCGUCACAGUCGCCGCAGCCGAAUCUCCGAGAGCCCAGAGCUCGUCCCUGGGAUCGCAACCUCACUCUCCCUCCGCGGACCCGAGCUCUCCAGUUCCCACCUCUGCAUUUUCAAAUGCGGAUGCUCCGUCUCCGCCGAAAAAGGAGAGGAAUUUCGGUCCCUAUCACGACUGGGUCUCUUUCGCUGCUGAUUUUCAAGAAAUGAUGCGCUCCUUCAAGAUUUACGUCUACCCAGACGCUUGUAACUCCUCAUCCUCUUCGUCUUCUUCUACUCCGUUUGCCAACAUUUUCUUGCCCCACGUCGACCCUUUUAACCCCAAGCUUGGCAACUACUUCAGCGAGCACAUGUUCAAGAUCUCUCUGCUUCGGAGCUCGCUCGUCACCUCCCAUCCCCAGCAAGCUCAAUUCUUUUUCAUGCCCUUUUCCAUCAACAAUAUGCGGAACGACCCUCGGGUGCGUCACGAGGGGACGAUAGCGGACUUCGUCGCAGGUUACGCCGCGAGGAUCGGCCGGGAAUUCGGGUUCUGGAAUGCGUCGGGGGGCGCCGAUCACUUCUACGCACACUGCCACUCCGUCGGCCGGGACGCGGCAUCGAAGCACCGCGAAUUGCUCAACAAUGCGGUGCAGGUCACUUGCUCGUCGAGCUAUUUCCAGAGGUCUUAUGUGGCACAUAAGGACGUGGCGCUUCCGCAAGUCUGGCCGAGGAGAGAUGAGCAGGUUCUUAGCCCUCCGAGUGAAAGGAACCGACUUGUUUUCUUUUCUGGGCGCAUCCAAAAUUCUCGCAUUCGCCAAGAGUUGAUAGACAUGUAUGAAAACGAUACUUCCAUGGAUAUUUUUCCUAAAAGUCCCUUUCCUUAUGAGGAAGGUUUCAAGGGAAGCAGAUAUUGCCUCCAUGUGAAGGGUUAUGAGGUGAACACGGCAAGAGUCUGUGAUGCUAUACAUUAUGGUUGUGUUCCCGUUAUUCUUUCAAAUUAUUAUGACCUUCCAUUUUCUAGCAUCUUGGACUGGAGCAAGUUCUCCGUCAUUAUCAACCAUGGGGAGAUAUCGUCCUUGAAGGAAAGACUAUUGGCUAUACCGACAGAAAUUUACCUCAGCAUGUACCAUAAUCUGUGCCAAGUGAGAAAACACUUCAUGUGGCACACAACACCAAGAGGUUACGAUUCCUUUUACAUGACUGCGUACCAGUUAUGGGUUAGGCGAGGCGUGCAUCGUCUGUUGCAUUGAUCACCUUCAAGUUCAUCAUUUUAGUGCAUACAUGUUGGCAAAACCAGAAACUUUUUGUUCUUUUAUUUUUCCUCUUUAAAAAUAGAUUGGUGUUUGAUAUCGCGGGAGAAUUGCUCGCUUCAGACAGAGCUGACUGGAUAAUGGCGAAAGUUAAACAGAACCAUACUAGUUAUGGAGCUGUAAGUGGGCUUACAUACUUGCUUGUUCAAGAAAAGAUAUCUGUCGAUAGGAUAUGCAGAUGUGGUUUCUGGUAGCAUGAGUCAGCCACUAUAUCUAGCGCCAGCUCCGAGCAGUUUGGGAGUGGCAAAUUGCCAAGCUCUGGGCAUUAGAACUUUAUAAUGCAUUGUAAUAAUGAGUGGAUUUAGUUUCUAAUAUAGUUCAAGCCACUUGCAACCAGGAGUUGUUAUGGGGGAGUAAGUUAUACAUUGUACUUACAUUGCUCAUUUAAAUUUUGUUGCUAUGUGAUUCUUGCUCUGUUCUAAAAACAUAAAAAGGCAUGUUCCAUGCACAAAUAUCUGUAGCAGUUUGUGGUGGUCCAUCAACCAUGUGAGAAUACUACCAACUCAUCCAACAGCCAAGAUAUCCUAGUGAACCACUUAUAAAAGUAGAUCAAUAUGCACGGUGGCUCAAUUUGGAAGCUAAAACCUAAAAGCUGAUUAACUGAUGGAAUGUGCAAAAGCUGCGGACAAUGACGAUAGGAGAAGAUGGCUCGGUGGAGGAUGAUGUUCAUCUCCAUGCUUUUCUUUUUGGGUCCUAUUUUCUGUGGUGCAGAAGGUUCAACGGGAGCAAGUUCUUAUUUAUGUUACAGAUCGUAAAGUGAAAUCAAGGGUCAACGAGGAAAGGUUGUCACGAACUUCCAUGCACGGAAGAGACUUAUCUGCCUGAGAAUAAAAUCUUUUUUUGACCUAGAAUGAUUAUGGAUGGACUGCAAUCUGCACCGGUUCAAUCUAUGAGGCACUUAAUGGCAUGCAAUAACGAGGCCCUCAGUUCUUCCUGAAAAUGCCCCUACUUAUUGCCAAGAAGAGGUGGUUCUUCUUUUAGGUUUACGCUUGAGUUCUCAACAUAAAUGAUUACUUGUCAAUAUGGCAAAGAAGUUUCUUCACAGCUGGCUCCCGUAAGUGCUUCUUCCAUCACUCCUCUCGAUCACCCUUGACUCUGCCAGCACGAGCUGUGCUGCUGGAAGUUUAGAUGGUGUAAGGUGGAGGUUUUGGCAGGUCCUUGAUAAUACCGCAGAGCAGGGCAUUGUCAGGGAUAUUGUACUCAUCUCGGAGAGAUCGCUCAGGGGAAAGAACACUAAUGUAAAGCUCUUGGCCCAGGUAGUGCCUCUCUGCCAACUCCGACCUCAAGUUCCACAUCCCGGCAUUAUCAAAUGUCAACAUGAUGGCCGCCCAAGAUUUAGGGAAGACCUGGACUGUGUGCCUGCUCACGGCAUCAAGGAGAUUGUAGUUCUUUCUCUUUUCUGGAGUCCACCUUCCUGGCUCAACUCUGUUGCAUGGUUCCAAACAGAUUGCCGACAUUAGUACUCGCUUAAUAGCACACUUACAAUUAUGCCUGUAAACAAAAAGACAUGGCGGCAGAUACUUACGCAACUGCAAAGAAGGAAUAUCCGUCAAGAUGCCAUGAUUGGAUGCUCUUCUCGUGGUUUUCGAAAAUGAUCUCCACGAAAGUGCGGAAAGUGACGUUGGCCACGUUUGGUUCCAGAGUUAUCUUGUCUGAAGCUGUUGCUGGUGCAUCAUCAGACAUGGUCUCAUACUUGAAGAUCUUGUCUGCGAUUCCAUAAUAUUCCGCAAGCUUUAGUGGGGUUGCGGGGUUUGUGUGUGAGACUCCGUUUAUGGCGUAUCGAAGCUUGCCUCCCUCCCUUCUGGCCGAGUUUACAAGCUUGAUGGUGCGAGUAAUGUUUAUCUGUCCGUAGUGGUAGGAACCCUGAGGGUUAGGCCUGGCGGCGCUGGCUGUGAGAUUCCAGCGGAAGGAGCGGAACUGAUUGAGGGUCCAAGCCCAGCCCACGGGAGCCUCGGGAAGGACAGGCGAAGCAGGACCUUUGCCAUUAGUGUAGCUGAUAACAGCUGUGGUGGUGAGCACGGUCUUGGUGUAUCGAGUUGAGGCUACCAUGUAGUAGUCCUUUGGCUCUUUAUCAGCUGUGACAAGGACGGCAAGGCAUUGCCCAACGUGCACAUCGAGGGAGUCGUAGGAGUUCUGGAUCGUGUGGGACCCCUCCAUCUCAACAAGCUUCAUCGGGUGGCCUUGAAUCCUGAAGUUGAGGGUGUUCUUGAGACCGACGUUGCAAAUCCUGUAUUUGUACGUCUUCCCUGGCUUCAUGGUGAAGAGAGGCUCUUCCUUGCCCUUGCUCUUGCCAGAUUUGCCAUUGAUGAGCACCCCAUCAGGUCUGCCGAGGGCUCUGCCGCUGUCCAGGAACUUCUGGAGAGUGGUGUGGCUCUUGGAGUACCAGUCUCCUAUGAGGACGGUGUAAUCAUCCUCAGGGUCAGCAUAGGGGACGGGAAUGAGCAAACGGCUGUUCACGCGGAGGCCACCGAAUCCACCGGCCGCCCUGUGCAUGGCGGUGGUCGGGUAAUAGGAGUAGCUCCCAAUCUGGUCCUUAACUUGGAAGCGGUACGUAUAAUUAUGUCCUGGAGGGAUUGGGCAGCUGGCUCCGAGCGUGCCAUCUUGCCACGAAUUCUUCCUUUGUUGGAUGCCGUUCCUGAAAACAAACAAAAGAUGCCGUGUGUAUGAAACAUGUGCAAGCAGCAUGCUUGACGAUGCACCGGCAUUUUGCUUAGCAUAUGGACGAAUGCAUUUUUUGUGUAUUAGAAGAUUUACCAGGUGAGGAGGAAUGGCUCGUCCAGAUUGUUGAACACAUUGAUGACGAUGUUGUUGUUGGUGGUGGAGUUGAUAUUCGGCCCGGGGAAUUGGCCAUUGAUGAGAAUGCCUUGCUGGGGGAUGCCCAGAGGAGCGAUGAUGCCAUAAGUGACGUUCCACGUGAAGAACAAAUACGGGUCUUCGGCCCCGACCAUCAUAGCCCCGGCCGAGAGGCAUGAUAACAGCAGUAACAUCACUCCACCCAUCUCUCUAAGUAGUUUUAAGAUCGCUACUCUAUUUCAUUUAUCCAAACUAUUCUAUUUUGUAUGGAAGAAGAUGGGUUUUCUUCUAUCACCAUUCAUCGACGAGCUUUUUAUACAAGGAAAGCUGUGAAGUUUUCAGGGAUUGUCAAACCAUUGAACAACCAUUGAA